AUGCCUCCAAGGAAGAAAGCCAGAAGCAACAACAUGACCUCUCAAGACAGGCCAAACCAUGGUGACUCGGAAUCAAGGCAAUAUGCCUCCUCAAGAGAAGAAGAACGUCAUAGUGAGGGAGCUUUCACCCUCACAGACGUUGUUGCAGCCAUCCAUGCUAUGGGAGAGACUCAGAAGAAAAUGGCAGAAACAAUCAAAGAGCUGAAAAGUUCGAUUGCUAAGCCGAGUGAAGAAAACGAUAGGCUUCCACAGGAGGAGCCUGUCGCUGCCAGAAAAAGUUCUGAACAAAAGGAGCCAUCAUUUGUCACUCACGAAGAUGUCAUUGCCAUGCUAGAAAAGAAACUAAGUCGAAGUCAGGAAGAUUGGAAGUAUCUUCCUCAGCCACCGUACCCAGCAAGCUUACUCCAGCAGCCCUAUCCCAAAGGUUACGAAACACCAACCUUUGUUAUUUUCGAUGGGAGGAAAGGAAGCCCAAAGGAACAUGUCAACCGAUUCCUUGAUGCUUUGGGACCAUACGCCGGUGAUUAUAAUCUUCGACUCCGAGAAUUCUCAAAGAGCCUCACUGAUCGGGCUUAUACAUGGUACACCACAUUGGCACCAGGCUCUAUGCGUUCCUGGGAUGAUUUGGCGAGCAGGUUUUGUAAAAAAUAUUUUCAGCACGAGGAGAAGGUUACCACCACGCAGCUCAAUAACACUCGCCAAAAGCAAGGGGAAGAUCCCGUCGACUUUGUGAGAAGGUUCCGGGACUUGGCUCUCGAUUGCUAUGACGAAAAGGAUGAAGAGGCACUUGUUGAGAUUUGCAUCAGCAACAUCGUAGCAGACUAUAGAGUGUACUUGGAAAAUAUUGGCAUUCGUCAAUUUUCCCGGCUGCUGGAAGUAGUAAGAAAGACGAGCAUGUCUGUCAAACCAGCGAGGACUUGGAGGAGCGAUAAGAAUGAGACAUACCAAGCAUUAGCCAUAGAUGACGAACCAUCCAACUACUGCCUGAAGCAAACAAUAGAUGAAGACCCCUUGCCAAAACGAAGGGGAAAAGAGGUAGCUGCUGUCAUUACAUGUUCCGAUGAUUUGCUUGAUGAUGACGAAUUGUGCCACUCGUGGAGAAAUGACCCAAAGCCGUUGGAAGCUAUGUGGGAACCUUGCGGAAACAUGGAGAAUGCAUAUUGGUGUAAAUAUUUGAAGCAUGCCAUGGCCGCUCGCUGA